AGCCCAACCUCUUCCAAGACCCCUCUCACUGAACAGUGUAGCCUGGAGAGUCUCCACCAUUUAAUUACCGCUCUUACAAUGAAGCCUGAUUUAAAUCUUCUUUUAAUAAUUUUAACUACUGUUGAGGUCACUCUCCCUGUGGAAUACUGUCCGACGCAUUGCCUGUGUGACUCGGACAUAUACAGUGUAUCAUGUUUUGGAGCUAAGUACAUGCCUGUUUUCCAUUCUAGCACAAGGGAGGUGUGGCUUGUUGGGACAAACCUUCCUUUUAUUCCACCGAAUGCCUUUGCCAACUUGGCCAACAUUUCUCGCAUAUACAUCUCUGAUGAUGAUACUUUAAAAUAUCUUGAGAGGCAUUCUUUCCACAACCUGUCCAGUGUCACACACAUACAACUUUCUGGUCUCAAAACACUGUCAUACAUUGACCAAGAGGCAUUUAAGGAUCUACAUAAUUUGAAGUACCUUGGGAUAACCAACACAGGUCUCACCUCCUUUCCUGGGCUUCAAAAUAUUCAGUCGAACCAAGAGGAUUUUAUUUUGGAGAUAGUAGAGAAUCUCUUCAUACAAGUAAUACCUGCUAAUUCUUUCACUGGUGUAUCUGAGAAUUCACUGACCAUCAUGCUGAAUAGCAAUGGCGUGAAAGAGAUCCAGCGCUAUGCCUUCAAUGGGAGCAGCCUAGAGGAAGUGUAUCUUCACAGGAAUGUGCAUUUGGAGCGAAUUGAUGAGCUUGCAUUUUAUGGUGUGAUUCAUGGCCCGACUCACUUGGACCUUUCAGAAACCCAAGUUACCUCUUUGCCUUCAAUAGGCAUGGAGACAAUUGAAAAGCUCCAAGCAGAAAACACUUGGGCCCUGAAAGUACUACCACCCUUUCAAGCUUUUCUCCAUUUACAGAGUGCUGAAUUGACCUUCCCAAGCCAUUGCUGUGGUCUGAAAAUGUUGAAAGGAUGGAGAGGAGAGUCUGAGGCAGUUAUUUGCAACUUGACUCGGAGUGUUUUGGGAAAGCUGCGGGAAUCCUCUUCAGUUCUCUCUCAGAGGUAUCUGGGACACAGAAUCGACCAACAUCUGGAAGACAGCUUUGGUCUCCCAGUGGCCAGAAGCACAAACGGCAAUCACUACAACAACAAACCUAUUUGUCCCACUUCGCAGUCUCAAAAUGAGGGUUUGGUUUAUGCAGAGUUACAAACAGACCACCUCACUGAAGGAUUUGACUUUGCACUGUGUAAUGAGCCUCCCACAGAUGGACUUGUGUGCACCCCCUUACCAGAUGCCCUGAACCCUUGUGAGGACGUCAUGAAUCAAGGCUUUCUGAGGGUUUUGGUCUGGGUGGUCAGUCUGUUAGCCAUUUCAGCCAACCUACUGGUAAUGUUCAUCCUGCUCACGAGCCAACAGAAGUUGUCCGUUACCCGUUUCCUCAUGGGAAACCUGGCGUUUGCAGACUUUUGUAUGGGGAUGUACUUACUGCUAAUUGCAUGUGUUGACCUCUACACACACUCCCAUUAUUACCACUAUGCUAUUGCCUGGCAAACGGGAAGUGGCUGCAAUUUAGCAGGGACAUUAUCAGUGUUUGCUAGUGAGCUAUCUGUGUACACUUUAACUUUAAUCAGCCUUCAGCGCUGGUAUGCUAUCUUCUAUGCGAUGAGGCCAGACAGGAAAAUAAGGUUACGCUAUGCAGCUGUGCUGAUGCUUCUUGGCUGGUUGCUGUGUCUGAUACUAGCAUUGCUACCAGUGGUUGGCGUGAGCAGUUACCAGAGAGUAAGCAUCUGCUUACCAAUGGACACUGAGACAACUGCUGCUAGGGCUUAUGUGGUCUUUGUCCUGAUGGCUAACGUCAUUGCUUUUAUGGUGGUAUGUGUAUGUUACAUCCACAUCUACUGUAUGGUACACAAUCCCCAGCACCAGUCCAGCAGAAGUGAUACCAGUAUGGCCAAACGCAUGGCUGUUCUCAUUUUCACCAACUUUCUGUGUCUGGCUCCAAUUUGCUUCUCAGGAUUGUCUGCAGCUUUCUACCACCCAUUGAUGACCGUCACAGAUUCCAAGGUGCUGCUGGUGCUUUUCUAUCCUCUCAACUCUUGUGCAAACCCUUUUUUUUAUGCUAUCCUGACAAAGGCAUUUCACAGAGACAUCCUGAUGUUGCUCAGCCGAAUUGGGUUGUGUCAACAGCAAGCACACCUCUACCGAAGCCAGUACUUCUCCCCACAUAUACAAUGAGACAAAGUCUUCCCCACAUUCCAGCCCCCCAAUUCCAACAUGUACACGCAGCAGGCUGCAUGAUGCCCCAACUUGGAUUAAUACUGGAUACUGGGUAUGCCAGUGUGAUGAUAUUUUUCCACUGAUUACUCAA